AGUAGUUUCCCUUGACUCUCAGUGCCAUCCCAUGGAAAAUUUUUGUCUAUCGGUUUUGCAGAACUCAUAAACAGUUUAGUUUUUAGUGUGUCAUUGACAAGAUGGUAUAGGAUACCAUUCAUUUUUUUGCUUCGGUGAGCACUCUGGCAAGUUGGUUCUUCAGGAUCCCAAUCAGUUCAUUUUGGAGAAGAUUGCUGAUUAUGCAUUAUUACCAGUAAAGAUGAUUAAUUAUGUUUGUGGAUCGAACAGAUUGGUCAUUCAAAGUUAUAGCUACUAGUGAUAUUUAUGGUGACGCAUCAUGACCCAGUGUAGUGUAUGAUUCAAAAUUCGGAAGAUUGUUACUCCAUCAGAUAACUCCUAUUGUUAAUCUUUGCUCCUUGAAGACGCCACAUUGUGACUCCAUUUCCUAGCUUGGUUUGGUUAUAUAUCGUAUGGACACAGGUUACUCGGAGCAUAUUCCUGCCAAGUUCCCCAAGUCUUUGCUGGAUGGUUAUUUGAUUGCUGGAACUCAGAAUCAUAUGUUUCUAGCAGGAAGGAUCAAUCUUCAAGAACUAGAUCACGCCAACUUUAUAUCGGUGGAAAUAAGUAGGAGGCCUCCAAAAUAUUUUCGAGGUCUGUUGAGGCUGUCAGCUGAGAGAUUUUAGUGCCUUGUACAAGAUAACUUGAUAUGCUUCACAUCUUGAAACCAAGGAAGGAGUCUUCUCUACGAUAUGAUCACGGUCUGGUCUUAUAUUACUAUAUUGCAAAAUAGAGGCUUGGUCAACACUAAGUACAUGGAUCUUUAUUGUGCCACACAUGGUUGCUGCAGGGGAAGGCAGAACAAUUCCACUGGAUAAUUUGCAGACUUUUAGAUAUACAGUAUUUAUGUAUUACGUAUAUAUGUAUGUAUAUGCAUGUAUUUAUGUUAGUGCUGAAGAUAGUUGUUGAUGGAGUCAUUAUGGUAAAUACAAAUCAACUGACAGUAAGAUCAUUACAGAAAUUGAGUUGCUGGGUGUGAGAGGAGAUAUGGUGCCUCGUCUGGUAAGGGAAUUGGAUUGUAGUUACUUGAUAUAUGAAAAAUUAAUUGGGCCGCGUUGGGCUUAAUAACCAGCAUGACCCAUUAUUUUCCCAGAAA